UCUACAAUUCCGUCAUGGCACUUCAUCCUCUAAUUGCUGUUCUACUUUUCAGUGUUAUCGGCUCUUUGUUCAGCGAAACAUCAGCCGCGACAUGCCGAAAAACGUCGACAUGCAAGAAGACACUCUACCGUACCAAGACAUACUACUACACGUGUGGGUCGUGGUGGAGUAGAAGGACAUGUCGUGGUACGAGACAAGAAUCCUACCAAGUUUCAGAGCCUUGUUAUAAGUAUGAAGUAUGUGAACACUGCCAAUGGUCGGAUUGGACCAGUACAUAUGGCAGUUGUUCCGUUAAGUGUGGUGGAGGCUUUCAGACGGUGACUCAAAAGAGGAGUGUGAAGAAAGCGGCAUACAAUGGCGGUAAUGCUUGUACCGGAGGAAGUUCGCAGAAAUUUACACAGUCAUGUAACACAAAUCCAUGUCCAGUUGACUGCAAAUGGAGUGAAUGGGGUACAGCUACCUACAACGACUGCCCGGUCACAUGUGGCGGAGGAAUUCAGAUGGGGUAUCAGCUUAGGAGUAUUGCGAUACAAGAAAAGUAUGGUGGCGAACGAUGUACAGGUGGUGAACGCAAGGAUGUCAGUCGAAGUUGUAAUCCACACCCUUGUCCAAUUGACUGCAAAUGGAGUGAAUGGGGUACAGCUACCUACAACGACUGCCCGGUCACAUGUGGCGGAGGAAUUCAGAUGGGGUAUCAGCUUAGGAGUGUUGAGAUACAAGCAAUGUAUGGUGGCGAACCUUGUAUAGGGGGUGAACGCAAGGAUGUCAGCCGAAGUUGUAAUCCACACCCUUGUCCAAUUGAUGGUGCUUGGUCGGAGUACUCGGACUUUACAACCUGGACUGAAUGUUCAGGAGAGUGUGACCAGAGUAGACAAAGGGACCGAUCCUGUACUAACCCCAGACCUCAGUACGGAGGAGCAGACUGUGAUGGCGAAGCUGUGGAUGUACAAGUCAGGGACUGCUACGAAGGACAAUGUCUUGUCGAAUCAUGCAAGAGCCGGAAGAAGUCCUAUGACCUUCACGCCACGUUGCCUCGCAACUGUAAGCAGUAUGUUUCCUGUAGCCACACCAAUACUGUAAUGGAUUGUGGCAAAGGUACACAUUGGAAUCAAGAGAAACUCACGUGCGACCACGAGGAUGUGGCGGGAUGCAAAGAUGAUGAUGAACCGGAUGAUGAGUCGGAGACCUGCGUUGAUGGAGAGUUCUUCACAGAAAACAACGACCUUACUGUUUUCUUCCGGUGUGAACAUGGAAGAAAUCGAAUCCAAUGUAUUGUCCACCGGGUCUCGUCUUCAAUUCCGAAAUCAACACAUGUGACUGGCCUUAAAAUGGCAAACCACGUGAUGUUAUGGAUUCACAAAUUUCGGCUUUAUUCCCUUUGACCGAUCUUCUUCCCCCUUUUUGCUUUUUAAAUUCAUGUUCUUUCCUGAUAAUAAGAUCUGGUUUGCAUAAAUGCUUGAAAGUUGAAAGUUAACAUCCCGUUAAGGAACCAGGAAAAUUAAACGCAUUGAUCAAGUUUGUACCUGACGAUGGCUAUUUUAUAUCUAAUAUUUGGUAAAGUUACUGAUGUCAAGUUUUGUUGAAUUAGAAACAACACGUGGAGUAGGAAGUUUAAGUUAAAAAAAACUUGAUGUUUGACACGGCGCUAACGAUGCUUUGAACAUUAUCCAUAGACAUUGGUUAUGCCAGAAAAUGUUGGUCUCUUUUCGUGUUUUAUCGGAAUGUUAUAACAUGUUCUACAUUUCUGCCUUCCUUCAAUAAAUUUCU